AAUGUUACGAUAAUUAUUACGGCGGUUUUAAUUCAAAUCACUCUGAUUUGAGAAUUUUUUUUUUAUAGGUAUGUAUAUUUUUUUUGUAUUGAAUCGGCAAAAAGCCCUUAUUUUUGUUUUUGUUUCGGUUUCAGAGGAAUUUGAUCAUCGCAUGAUUCUUUGUAUUUCCUCUGGUAGGGAAUUUGAGACAGAUUGGGAUUGGAAAACAGUGAAAGAGAAAAGGAGAGAAUGGGUAUCGAUGCAGCGAGAAUUGGACUUCAUAUCAGGAGAAUUUUUAUCGUUUCAAUCAGGACAUCCUAUAAAUCAGUUUUAAAGCAUCCAGUUCUUGUGGGGUUGGUGUGUUUCCUGAUAUUCUUGUAUAGAUCAUUUCCUUUUUUGUUUUCUCUUUUAGUCUCUGCGUCCCCUGUUCUGUUUUGUACUGUGAUUUUGCUUGGUACUCUAUUGAGUUUUGGGGAACCAAACAUUCCUGAAAUUGAAAAAGCGAACAAAGAAGUUUCGCAUGAGAUUUCUUCUUUGAAAGCAGGGGUGCUAGGGGAUGCCACUACUGUUCUUGAGAAGGAUGAGAACAUUUUUGUAGAGAAUUUUGUAGGAAAGAGAAAGGAUGCAGCAGAAGAAGCCAUUGGAGAAGAAAAUUGGGAGAAGAAUAGAGUUAGUAAGAUUGAGAGAGAUGUUGGUUCAUGUGAUUAUGUGCAACUGGUUGAUGGGAGUUCUCAGGAUAUUAAAUUUGAGAAACAAGUGAUUGAACAAGUGGAGAGAGAUUUUGGUGAUUUGGAGUUGGAGAAGAACAGGGAAUUUUACAAGGAGAAACAAGGGAUUAAAGUGGUUUUGACUAAUGGGGAGGCUAUUGAGAAUCAUUGUUCUCUGGUUCAAAAUGUGGGAGAUGAGACUCUUCAAGUGAAAAAAGAUAAAUCUGCUGGAGGUUUUAUUGCAGCUGAAAAGGGCCAUCAUUUAGAUCAUGAGCUUUCAUCCUGGAAACAGGUAAAUGAUGAUGACGAAGAGGAGGAGGAGGAGAAAGAAGACGAUGAUGAAGCUUCUGAUCCAGGGUCUGAUGGGGCAGAGAGUUCCUCUCCUGAUGCCUCAAUGGCAGAUAUUAUGCCAAUGCUGGAUGAGCUCCACCCACUUUUAGAUGAGGAAGCUCCACAGCCAGCUCCUGUGUCUCAUGAUGGAUCUGAUGCUGCUUCAAAGCGCUCUAAUAGGAGUAAUGAGAGCAGUGUUGGGUCAGAGGAUGAUAUCGAAAACGAGGCAGAUGAAGAAGAUGGUGAUGAUGAUAAUGACAAUGAGGAAGAUGAAGAAGUACAGGAAGGUAAAGAGGAUGAGAGUAAAUCUGCAAUCAAAUGGACAGAGGCUGACCAAAAGAAUCUCAUGGAUUUGGGGACUUUGGAGCUUGAAAGAAACCAACGUCUAGAGUCUCUUAUCGCUAGGAGGAGAGCUCGUAGGAACAUGAGUUUAGUGGCUGAGAGGAAUCUUAUAGACUUGGAUGGGGCUGAUCUCCCCCUUAAUGUUCCACCUAUUUCAACAAUGAGACGCAACCCCUUUGAUGUUCCUUAUGAUGAUGUUCCUGGGUCUGCUCCAUCUGUAUUGUUGCCAAGACGUAAUCCAUUUGAUCUUCCUUAUGAUUCAAAUGAGGAAAAACCUGACCUUAAAGGCGAUAGUUUUCAGCAAGAGUUCUCACCACUUCAGCAUAGGGAACCACUCUUUUGUAGACAUGAAAGUUUCAGUGUGGGACCAUCAGUUUGGGGUGGUGCCAAGCAACAUAGACAAGCUCUCCGAUGGAAGCCAUAUUUUGUACCUGAACGGUUGGAUUCUGAGGAAACAAGCUAUCAUGCCCUCCAACGGCAAUUAAGUGAAGCUAGUGAGUCAAAGAUCAGCUCAGUUCUUGAUACUGAAUCAGUGAGUUCAGCUGUGGAGGAGGAGGACAAGAAGCUCAAUGAAGAUCUUUCUCAAGAAACUGAAAUGAUCUCCAAUUUGAACCAUGCUUCUGUCCUUGUUGAACGUGGAAGCCUUUCAUCUGAAGAUAUUGACUCAGUGGACAUUGAAAACAUUGAGAGGAGAGAUGUUCACAAUGAUGGGAAAGAAAUUACACUUGGAGAUGCAGAAAAUCACCCUGAAUUAGAUUCAAGUUUAUCUGCAUCGGGAGGGGCAACUGGUAUAGAACUUAAUACAAGUGUAAUUCUUUUGCGGAUGGAACCAGGUGAAGAGGAGUAUAGCAGCAGAUCGAGCCCAUCAUCACAGUCAGAAGUAGAUGAAAAAAUAUCUGGUGUGAGAAAGAGAUCAAUGAGUCCUGAUCCAGGUAAAAGUCAGAUUGAGGAAUCUCACAUUUCAACCCAAGCUUCACUCGAUUCAGCUUUUCACUUCAUGGGUGAGGUGGUGGGUGAAAUUCAAGAAAAGGAGCUUGUUAUGAAUCCAAGAGGAAACGAUACUGCAAAAGAUGUCACUGCAAUGCAAAUGUCAUUUGAUUCAGAUAUUCAUUUUACAAGUGGUGUGGAAGAUGAAAAUAGACAUAUAGAGCCUGGUUUUGAGUCAACAGGUGAUCCUAUUGAGGAUUCUAGAAUUUUGACGCUAGCUUCAUCAGAUUCAGAUUCACAUUUCAAGAUUGUGGUGUUAGAUAAUGAUCAACAAGAGGAACCUGUUCUGGAGCCAAGUGGCAAUCUAAUUAGGAAAUCUUGUAUUUCAAUACAAACUUCACUCAAUUCAGAUUUUCAUUUUACAAGUGAUCCGGUGGAUGACAAUCAACAGAAGGAUCCUGUUUAUGAUUCAAGUCCCCACGCAGUUGAAAAGUUUCUCUCUUUCUCAUCAAUCUCUUCUGAUACACAAGGAGAGACAUCAGAAAUGGGUUCACCUCCAGCAUUAGCUGAAUUUUCUGGUAAAGAAUCUGAAGUGCAUACUGAGAAUAUAGGAAAAGAUACUUCUUGUCAGAAAGAGGCUUAUGAAGGGUCCUCAAAAGAACACUCGCUAUUUGAAAAUGAAUCAAGCUCACGCAAAGUUGCAGAAACUGAGCCUGAUGUUGCAAAGGUUGGGCAGCUGGGCGAUAAUCAAGUUUUGGAUUUUCAAAGCGGGGAAAAUGGGUUUAUGAAGUCAGAAUUGGUGGUUGAGCGUGAUGCUUCUGAGGAUACAGUUUUGCAUGCACUAGAGGAACAGCAUCCUCUAGUUGGAGAUGUUUCAGUGGACUCCAAAUUAUUUUCUUCAGAAUCUAAAUCUGUAGAGGAGGAUGUCCUGCGAAUGAAAGGUAUUUCUCAGCCUGAACAGGAAGAAGUUCCAUCAUCCGGUUUUGAUGCAGAGGUCCAUUCCAACAGUUCAGUAUCUUCAAGCUUUGAGCAUAUGCCUUCUAAUGAUUUAAAUUUGUCCGAAAAUGAUGAAAGACAGCCUGUAGUGGUGGCCGGGCAAGUUUUGGAAGCUCAUCCAAAUGCAUCCUCGUCAAAGAUUAAGCACGUGGAGGAGCUUUCAUUAAUGAAAGGAGAAGAUUUCCAGUUUAAACAAGAUCAGGAACCAUCUGUCGCUGUAGAAGAGUCAACAGCGGAAGUGAACAUUGCCAACAACUUACAUGUGCCUGAAGUCUUCAAUCAUGAGGCAUCUGAAUCUGCUUCAGUCCCACCAGAGAUUCUAGAGCACAAACCAAAGCUUGAUGAAGUUGAUUUUGAAGACAACAUCCUUGAUAAAAUUGUCUAUGAGGACAGUGGUCAUGUCUCAGAACAUCUUGACUAUUCAGCAAGAACACACAGGUCUUUUAUUGCAGAGGAAAACAUUAAUGAGGAUGAAGAUGAGGUAAAGGAGAUUGAUGAGGGAUUGUUGUCAGAACUGGACACAGUUGGGGACUUCAGUGUCAAAGUAGUCGGUGAGUCACUUCAUGAUGAACAAAUACCAGUACGAACAAUGGCUGGGAUUCCUGAGUACAAUUUGUUACCAACAGAUUCUCGUGUGCCAGAGAUUAAACAAGAAAUCUCAGUCCUUGAAGUUAGAUCAGUUACAGAUGGUGACUUGGCUUUCAAGGAACUUCAUGAAGGAGUAGAUGUUGAGGAGGUUACCCUUCCCAGUAUGAUUGAGGAUCAACCGGUUGUCGUUAAGGGUCCUGGUGAAACCAACUCAGACUUACGAGUUGUCGAAGCAAGAUCUUUGGACAUUGAACCAAAUACUGUAGAAGCAACUGAAGCAGGUAUGAUCCAGGAGAGUGGAUCAAGUGCUGUAGUGCUUGAUUCUCAGGAAAUGAGCACUGUGGUUCCCGGCGAACCAAAGCAUUGAUUUGUUGACACAUUUGGUUUCAAGUUUGAUUAUAUCAGAUAAGAAUGGUUUGAAUGCAAAAUCUCUUAGAUUGAGCUCAAGUUCCAGCUAUAGCUCAAGGUCCAGCAAUGCAGAUUGAAAAGGAAAAUUGACAAAUCAAGAGAAGUUUUGUGGUUUUGAGUUUCAUUUUGAUGAGGUUUACUUCUGCCAUGAUCAGCCGUUUAUUCUUAUAGUUUGGUUUUCCAUCCUGUUUCAUUACUAGUAGUUGGUUUUUGUUGGCCUUUCAAUUGAUUGAUCUCUUCAAGAAUGAGUUUGGUUUGAUUUCUUGAAGUGUGAUUAUUGUUAUUAUUAUUUAUAUUCUAGCUUUAAGAGAAGUUUAGAGAAACUG